GACGUAAUUUUGGGUGACUAACAUUUAUUUGAUAUUAAUAAUAAUUUGCGUUUGUUGUUACCAUUUCAGUGUUAUAUUUAAUGCUUGUAAUGUUAUGUAAAUAUAAAUUAGAUUUAUUUAUUGAAAAAAAAAUCUUUUAAAUUAAAACUAUAGGCUCCACUUCCAUGUAUGAUCAAAGUGACAAGGCAGUUCCUUGAACUUGGCAUUUUAAAUAAAUUGCAAUUUACGUAUAAAACCAUUUUUUAUUUAGUACCAUUGCAAAGACAAUCUCUAUUUAUUCAACAUAUAUAAUGAAUGUGAGUAUUAGGCCCACGUCAUUUUGGUGUCUGCAAAAGUAAGUGACAGCACUUCCACCUUUUCUGUAGAAUGACCCACUCCGCAGUGGGGAUGCGAGGCUCCGGCGCUAACAGUCCACGAGCGUGCUCCACUAGCACUUUUGUGUGCACAAACUAGAGGGGGACAGCAAACACCAGUGUAAUUUUGGUGACAGUACGAUUAUCUUCGACAAAGUUGGGGUGCCAAAUCCGGCAGCACCAACACCUGGCCUUCCAACAGUUUCUCACCUGCUGAGCCCAGAGUAAAAUGUUUUUGUAUUUCUUUACUCAUUCCCGUAUUUAUUCCUGUAGGCCUAUUUUAUUUUACUCAUGUCAUGUUCUGUCCUCCAUACCUGUGUGCUCGUUGUGUGCUUAAAUGUACAAAUUCACACCAAAUCAUCACAGCAAGACCUAUACUGUAGUUGGGUGUUCAAUGUUUUAAAAACAAUUUGGUGGUCCAGAGGUAUAUAUGCAUUGGUUAUUCAUGCAGGUGCUGGAGGUUCAACACCCAGGGGAGGGAGAUGUUUUGUCUUCUAUGCUGAUGUUAAACCUGAUUAUUACAUGUGCUAAACAUAAGGACAAUGUGUAAAGAGCUGAGUGCUUAAACUGAAUGGACUUUUUUUGUGCAUCUUUAAUGACAAUGCUUUUUGCUACUAACAAUACAGAUCGGCUGGACAAUCCUCAAUUCAGUUUGAAACAUUUUAAAAGAUCAAUCAAUUACAUUCUUUGGGGACCUUAUCCAACUACAAUGAAGAUAUGUGUCAUUAACCGAUCAGCGCCGAAAAUGAACGAAGCGCUGCUCGGAAGCAUCAUCGGAAACAUGGCGGCCAAGGCGCUCCGGCAGCGCACCAGGCGAGGCAGCAGACAAGAUGCAAACAACGUGAACGUCCCCGCAGAAGCUCGGACACCGAAAGAGGAGAAAAGUGGCGAUGACAGUAAAACUGCAGAAGCUCGGCAAGAGUCAGUAAGUCGUGCAGGGCAGGUAUGGGCUCCAGAAGGUUCAACUGCAUUUAAAUGCCUGCUCUCCGCACGAUUCUGUGCAGCCUUGCUCAGCAACAUCUCCGACUGCGAUGAGACCUUCAACUACUGGGAGCCUAUGCACUACCUGCUGUACGGUACAGGGAUGCAAACAUGGGAAUAUUCUCCGCUCUACGCCAUCAGGUCGUACGCUUACCUAUGGUUACAUGCUCUUCCUGCAUGUUUGCACGCCCAUGUUCUACAGACAAACAAGGUGUUGGUCUUCUACUUUGUACGAUGUGUCUUAGCAUUCUCCUGCUGUGUCUGUGAACUCUACUUCUACAAGGCGGUUUGUAAGAAGUUUGGUCUGCAUGUGGGCCGUCUCAUGUUAGCAUUCCUGGUCCUGAGCACAGGGAUGUUCUGCUCGUCUGCAGCAUUCCUGCCUUCCUCUUUCUGCAUGUACACGACGCUGGUUGCGAUGACGGGCUGGUUUCAGGACUCGACACCGUUGGCUAUUAUGGGAGUCGCUGCUGGUGCCAUCGUCGGAUGGCCGUUCUCUGCUCUGAUUGGGAUUCCCAUCGCCUUCGACCUGCUGGUGUUAAAGAGGCAGUGGAAAAGUUUUAUCAUCUGGUCGGUUGUUGCUCUGCUUGUUCUGCUGGUUCCCCUGGUGGCAGUAGACUCUUUCUUUUAUGGCAAACUGGUCAUAGCUCCACUCAAUAUCCUACUUUAUAACGUCUUCACACCACAUGGACCUGAUCUGUAUGGUACAGAGCCGUGGCAUUUCUAUUUUACAAAUGGGAUCCUGAACUUCAACCUGGUGUUUGCUCUGGCUCUGUUCUCUCUGCCCCUCACCGCUCUGAUGGAGACUCUGUUACACAGGUUCAAUGUGCAGAACCUGGGCCGUCCAUACUGGCUGACUCUGUCUCCCAUGUAUCUGUGGAUGUUGGUUUUCUUCACCAGAGCUCAUAAAGAAGAACGUUUCCUGUUUCCCAUCUACCCUCUCAUCUGCCUCUGUGGGGCAGUGGCUCUCUCCUCUCUACAGAAAUGCUACCACUUCCUGUUCCAGCGGUACCGGCUGGAGCACUACACGGUCUCCUCCAACUGGUUGGCUUUAAGUGCAGUCGUGGUCUUCUCAGUGCUGUCCCUGUCUCGCUCUGUCGCCCUCUUCAAAGGCUACCACGCCCCUCUAGACCUGUUCCCAGAGUUUCAUCGCAUCGCUAAGGACCCGGCUCUUCACGCAGUCCCUGAAGGCCGACCUGUUAGUGUGUGUGUGGGGAAAGAGUGGCACCGAUUCCCAAGCAGCUUCCUACUGCCGAACAACUGGCGACUGCACUUCAUUCAGUCUGAGUUCAAAGGGCAGCUGCCUCAGCCGUACGCCUCCGAUCCGCUGGCCACACAGAUCAUCCCGGCUCAUAUGAACGACCAGAAUCUGGAGGAGCCUUCCAGAUACAUGGAUCUACGGCAGUGCCACUACGUAGUAGAUCUGGACACGGAGGAAGAGACGCCACUGGAGCCACGUUAUGCUCUUAACAAAGAGGACUGGAACAUCAUCGCCUUCAAGCCUUUCCUUCAAGCAUCAAGGUCACAUCCCCUCUUCAGAGCGUUCUACAUCCCGUUUGUAUCUGAACAUCACACCACCUACAGGCGCUACGUCAUCUUGAAACCACGGCGGCAAAAGCAGUCUCGUAAGCGGACCCAUGGCUGACCUCUGUACCUUAACCUGGCCCCAAGAACAAAAUCUUACAUCGAAAAUCAAUAACUUUCCCUCAAAACAACCGGUAUUUGUGUGUGUGUGUGGACAUGUAAGCAUGUAUGUGUUUUGAAGUAUUUUGUCUCUUGACUCAUUUGAAGAUAUCAAACCCUUUAAGGACAUUAUGACUGUGUUAUGUGUGUGAAGCGAAAAUGUUGUUGUUUUUUUAUCUCAAUUUGUGUGUCUGUCAGUGUGUGUUUCUCAGUGUGUAAAUGUAUGUCUUACAGUGGAAGAACACUACAAGAUUUUACUGUAUUUAGCGCAGGACAGGCACACAAACAUAUUUCCUUUUCAUACUUUAUUUUAAAAUGUGGCCUGAAUGGAAUCUUUUUUGCUGAAUUGUGAGCCAAAUCUUGUAGUGUUUGCUCCUCUGCACCUGAACAGUAUCUUAAUGUGUGAGUGUUGGAGAUGAAUGAAAGGGACUGUGCGUUAUUAAUUUAACUUUGGAAUGUGAAUAAAAACAUGAUUGACUGCCA